AUGAGAGGAACAAGAAGAGGACUUGGUGGACAUGCCCGAAUGACAGAAACUCGCAUACGCGCAAGUGAAGGGAGCACAUGGAGUGGUCCAACACCUCAGUCGCAACCUAGUAGGUGGACACGAAGGGUUGAGCAAAGUUCAUCAUCAGAUGACUCAACACAACCCCCAGAGAUGGUUUUGGGUACUGAGUUUCCUGAAAUUAGCAAUGCUCCAAAUACAAGUCUUGAGAACAAUGGAAAACUACCAAUGCGGAGGUGUCGUGGACCAGCUGGGUGCACUGAGUUUAUGAAGCUUCGUAAGCAUGGUCUCAUUCCUUUGAAGAUUAAUGAUGGUGAGAGGGCACCAUCAUGUGAGAAUGCGGUGUUCUUUACAACAAGGGUAACAUGGAUUAUCAAGCAUCAUGCAACUAUGGUUCAAAAUACUUGGGAUGUUGUAGAUACACAAGAAAAGGAGGAGCUAAUCAAUCGUGUCCGGGCUGAUUUCAUUCUUGAUUGGAGCAAAAGGAAUCAUCGCGAGAUGGUCGAGAAGAACCUUGGGAAGAAGUUCAAUGACUUUCACUACCAGCUUCAUAAAAUAUACUUGGGUUGUGCAACACACGAUGAGGCAUUAGUAAAAUCAACCUCGUUGGUGGAACCAGAUGUAUGGAAAAUAUUAUGUGGGAGAUGGGGCAGCGACGAAUUCAAGAAAAUAUCCAAUCAAAAUAAGGCUAAUAGGAAAAGGCAGAGUGUGAACCACACACCAGGCAGAAAAUCAUUUAUGAGGUUAAUACAAGAGAUGGGUCCAAGCUCAUCAAACUUGGUAAACUUCUAUAAAGAAACUAGAUGGUCAAAGAAGAAAGGGGCAUUUGUCACGCCCAUGACAGAAACACUCUAUAAUACGAUGAUUGAGAAGUUACAUGAGAUGGAGCCUGAGAAGCGCACAGAUGAAGCUGCAAAUAUUAUAUUUAGAGAUGUGCUAGGACAUAGAUCUGGUUAUGCAAGAGGACUUGGUGGUUCAGUUAUACCCGAGCCUAGACCAUCAUCUAUGUCGGCACAAGUUGAGCACCUAGCCCAAGAAAAUGAUAAACAUAAAAAUGAGGCAAUGAUGUACAAGACCGAAUUGGAUGACUUGAAAAGGGAAGUACGACAAUUACUGAUUUGGCAACAAUCAUAUGACCAGAGGAUGAACCUACCUGACAGUGAUUUUGAAAGUGUCUAA